AGGCGCUCGACAUGCAACUUCUCCCGGUCAUUUUGCCAGAGCCCUCCAUCUUGCUGUGUGCUUUCGUCUCCUCCUGUCCCCUCCCUGUCGGCCCUCGUUGCGGUUGUCAUAUCCCCCCUCCCCUACUACUCACCAUGUCUGCUACCUCUGGCUUCAAGCUCAACCAUGUCAUGAUCCGCGUCCGCGACCCGGAGCCCUCCCUGAAGUUCUACCAGGAGGUUCUUGGCAUGCGCCUUCUUUACAAGAUGGAUGUCGAGAUGGCCAAGUUCACCAACUACUUCAUGGGCCAUGUGACGGAUGAGGAGUACGAGCUUUACCAGAGCUUCGGCGCGGCCGAGAACAACUCCCCGGAGAAGCUCAAGCUCCUGUUCGGGCGCCUGGCUCUCGUGGAGCUGUGCCACAACUGGGGCACCGAGUCCGACGAGUCCUUCAAGGGCUACCAUGGUGGCAACUCCGAGCCUCGCGGCUUUGGCCACCUCUGCCUGUCGGUGCCCGACCUGACUGCUGCCUGCAAGCACUUUGACGACCACAAGGUGAAGUUCACCAAGCGCCCGGAUGACGGCAUGAUCAAGGGUGUGGCUUUCAUCCACGACCCGGACGGUUAUGCCAUUGAGAUCGUCCAGCCCGAUCUGCCGAUCUCCAUGUGAGAGCGCUUGGUCUUUCCACAAAACACGAUGCAUUCUUCCAUGUCUUUCGUCCCCCCCCCCCCCCCUGUCUCGAUCGCUGUUCCUCUUUCACGCCUGCUGAGAAUACACCCCCGCUGUCCUGUGUGAUCAGGACAUGUGUCCAUGUCCA